UCCGAGAGGGUAUUCGAAAUGAAUUAGACUCGGUACAUCGACUGGUGAUAGGAGAGUCGCAAUCAAAAGCAAAUGUGACUAACGCUCCUGGCGCUGCAAAAGGAAAAGCCAGGAUCUAGCCCCCAUGUGCUCUAUAAACCGCCAAUCAGCGGGCAUUCCUGGUCCGGGGCGCGCCAUGGUCGUGAGGAAUCCGUGCUGGCAUGUCAGGCUGCAAGGGGCUAAGGGACCAAUGGCCCUCUGGCUCUCAGUCACGCAGGGAGAGAACAGACAUUCGCGAGAUGCCGCCAUGCGCUCGGCCGCGUGUGCCAGACAAAACUGGACGUAAAAGUUCCACGACCCGCAAUGUUUCUAGAAAGCCCCUACCGCUACUAUGUAUUCAACCCCACCUGCGCCUGGCUGGUUUGGGCUUAACAAGCGGGGGCCAUAUAUUGAUCCGUCUGCUUCCGUCUGCUUCCGCCAAUCAAAAUAGGGGUACAAAUGGAACUAGGUUUAACCAGAGAAGGGGCCGUAAAUAGGAGGUUAAAAAGCUUAGUGCGGGUGAAGAAGUGGGUGUGAUUUCAGAUGACCAGGCUAGCGUGCCUGCAGGAGCUCGGUAGUCAGCCAGGUG